CCUCCUCUCAUCUGUACACAAAGAAACCUGAACACUGAUCACCAGUUAGGAAUAACUGCUCUGCAACAAGAACUUCAGACUGCUGACCUCUCAGUGUGAGCUCACCAUGGGUAAUGCAGAUAAGCUCAUUGAUCAGAUCUUCUCCUUUGUGGAUCUACAGAAUGAAAGUGCAGAAAAAUUAAAUAACCUGGCCAGUGAGAUGGAGGACUACAAGAAGAAUGUAAAUGUCAGUAAAGUUGUUGGGAGCUCUUUGUCUGUAGGUGGUGCAACUGCACUGACAGUGGCAGGUUUAACAGCCAUCUUAACUGGAGGAGCGGCGAUACCUUUCCUCGCUACAGCAGGUUCGCUAGCAUCAGGGCUCGGCUUGGCUACCAAUAUAACUUCAGACGUUGUCGAUGCUGUCAAAUCAACUUCUGCCAUACAAGAGGCAAAGCAGAUUUCAGAGAAGAUCCAGAAUCUUGAAAAGGAAAUCCAGGAACUCACUGGAUCACUGGUGAAGGAAGCAGAGAAGUCCUGCAGUGAUGUUCCUCCUGAAGAUUACGUUGUGGAUCAGAUCCUGAGAAAGAUAGCCAAACGAAACGGACUGAAACUAAAUGAUAAGAUCAAUGUGCUCACAUUGGUAUCUGAUUUGUCUGUAAAGAAGAUGUUUGAGAAAGAUAAAGACUUUGGUCUUCUGCAAAAGUCUGCACUGGAGUUGCCACUGCUUUCAGAGUUUGUUACAGACCUGACCUUAAAAGAAAUUGCCAUAGCAGGAACAAAGAAAGCACAGAGAAAAGUGAUGAGAACAGGAGUCACCAAAGUGGCCACCUCUAUGGGACUGACAGCAUCAACGAAAGCGAUUAGACGUGUUGGUGGAGGAGCAGUCGGACUUCUGUUUUCUGUUCCUGAGCUGAUUGACGACCUUCACAAUCUGGAGAACUGUAAGACAGAAGCCAGUCAGAGUCUGAGAGAGAUGGCUGAGGCCAUACAAACUGCCUCUGAAGAGAUGAAAAGAGAACUGGAUGAAAUCGAAGAGCUGUGUCAGAAGAUAGCUGACAUGAAGUGCUGGAAGAAAUACGCCAGGAGGAGCUCUCGUAAGAGGAGGCUGAGGAAAAUGUGGUGUUUUUAGAUGAAAACAAGGAUUGGAUGGUGGACUCCAACACGGCACCCAUUGAUGAAAAUAUCUUACCCAGUAGAUUCACCAAAAAUUUUGUCCUCUCUUCUUGGUCUCCUUAUGUGUUGUCCAGCCCACUGCACAUGUGCAUUAGUAUCUCUCUCUGGCCCCUCCCAGUCAGAUCAUUAGACUGGGAUGAUGUCACACACACAUAAAAUUAGAUUUUCAAGUCUCUGGGGAACUUUCCUCCUUCUCUACUCUCUCUGUGACUCCUAGACACAUCUCACAAAUAUAUACUUCAUGUUUAUGACUCAGUAAUUUACUAAAACUAAUCUAAUGUCAUGAUGAUAUCUACCCUGUCUCCAUCUUGCUCGCCUUUCUUACAUACAUGCAUGUAUAUGAUGUUUGUAGUGUAAUAUUAAUCAGUGUGCUGGUUUAGCAACUGGCCUCUCCUGGAAUUUGAUCUCUGGUGUUUGAUCUGAAUUUGAA